GCAUUGCACGCACGCACUUCGCUCACAGCCAUGGACCUCUUCCACCUCCUCGACCUCGACGACCACCCUUUCUGCCCCUUCCCCUUCCCCUUCCCCACCUCCUCCUCCUCCUCCUUCCUCUCCGCCGCCGCCCACCACCACAGCUUCGACAACCACCCCUUCUUCCCUUCAUCCUCCUCCUGCCCGCUCGGCUUUACCUCCUACGACGCUCACGCCGACGCCGCCUUCCGCCACCUCGACUUCGACCUCGACCUGCCGACCCCGAACCCUCUGACCCUCGACCCCUUCCUCCUCCACUGCCUCUCCCGCCGCGUCUCCGCGCUCGAGCUCGCCGCUACCCCGCCCCCUCCCCAGCCCCCGCGCCGCAAGUACACCUACGAGGCCGAGUACGCCGGCAGGAAGAUCAAGUGGACCACCCACCACAGGCCCGACGGCGACCGGAUCUUCAAGUGGGAGGCCGACCUCGAUACCCCCAACGAAGUGGGCUUCGACCGCAAGUGGAAGUGGGAGUCCAAGGCCUCCGCCACCGGCGCCACCAAGGUCAAGUGGGCCAAGGAGGUCAAGGGCAAGGGAUGGCUCCACCCAUGGUCGCACGCGUACUCCGUCGAGGAGCUCUUCGGGGACGACGACCACGACGACCACCACCACCACAAGGUAGACAAGCCGGCGCACAAGAAAGUCAAGGAGCACACGAAAGAGGACGAGAAGAAGAAGAGCAAAUCUAAUGUCGAGAUCGUUGAGAUCGAGGACAACACUGCCGGAUGCGUCGCCAUCAAGAAGGCAUUUGCAAGCAGCUACGGCAAGGGCAAGAGAAAGGAGCUGUCGCCACAAGACGCUGCAUUGCUCAUCCAGAUGAACUACAGGGCUCACCUAGCCCACCGCUCACAAGUGCUGCGCUGCCUUCGUGAUCUUGCGGUUGCCAAGGCCAAGCUCAAGGAGAUUAGGUCCUUGUUCUACAACAUCUCUUACCGGCACCGCAUUUCACGCGACUCUGAAGAGCGUCAGAGGUUUGCCGAGAAAAUCAUUGUCCUGCUCCUCACUGUUGACUCCCUUGAGGGACCGGACUAUAUGGUUCGCAAUGCAAAGAGGUCUAUGCUGGAGGAGCUGGAGGGGAUGCUGGAGAUCGUAGACCCUCAGCCACCAGGGAAGCCGAGGACUCUGAGCCGCAGAAAGUUUGAUCUCCCUGAAGGUAGAGCGAUCUCCAAUGAGAUGAGGAGUGGUGUCAAGAAUGUCGUCAAGAUUGUCGAGGAGGGCAAGUGAGAAGCGCAUCACCUUCGAUUCUAGUGCCUCGUGUAUCCUACGAAGAUGCUUGAUGAGAGACCUUUCUGAAUUUGUUUUUCUAGAGUUGUUGUUGCUUGUAAUGCUAGCUGUAUGAUCCAUCUUGAACUUGGUAUUAUGUUCUGAUAGAGUAAUUGGAGCUUCUUUUAAUCCACUUGGUGUUUGAGGGAGCUUCUUGUAGAACUCUUUCAUUAUCUGUCGUAUGGAAUAAAUAUAAGACCAUCACCACGGUCUGGUAUGGUUCUUUUAUCA